GGAUGGGCGCGCCGUUUUUUCUCGCUUGACUUCACCUCCUCUACCCUAUCCUACUAUCACGACCGGAACUCGUCCGCCCUGCGCGGCUCUAUACCUCUCAACCUGGCCGCAGUUGCCUGCAACCAGCAGUCGCGCGAGAUCUCGAUCGAUUCAGGUACGGAAGUCUGGCAUCUUCGCGCUAGUAAUGAUCAAGAGUUCGCUGCCUGGAAGCGUGCUUUGGAACGGGCGUCCUCUUCCAAAAGCUCGGCCGAAGACCCCAACCACCCAUCGGAGCCGCUGUUGCGGGUCCCUUCCCAGCGCGUACACGCCAACGCUGCUGAUGAAAGAGAUUGGGAGCAAGUUGAGAGUUUGGUUAGCAAGGUGUCCGGCACGCGUGAUGCUGUCCGGCGCUUGGCUAAGGACACCGAUCCAAAGUAUCUAGGCCUGGACCGGCCCCGCGGCCGCUCUCCGAGCCCUCACCGUACCCCAACCGAUAUGAGUGGAGAAGAGCCCAAUGAUGGCCGAAGGCCGUUCUGGAGGCGCAAGAGCAGUGCCACCGUCCAGCCCACCGUCAAGCGCAGUACCACCAUGAAUUCCAUGUCCUCCCAGCUGGCCAUUCCGGGCGCCUUCGAUUCGUCCUCGGUUCAUGGCGAUCGCAAGCCCGGCAGCAUCGCCAGUCACCCCGACCACAUGGACGAGAUUCACGAGCAUCUGAUGGCCGUCCUACGGGACCUAGACCACGUCGUCAGCGAAUUCUCCAGUCUCAUCGCCGAGACCAAGCAUCGCCGUCGUCAGUCUGGCCGGUCGCUGCAGUCACGGCAUAGCUUUGAAUCCGAUAUGUCGCAAGAGUUCUUCGAUGCUGUGGAUGACGGCCAUACCUCGGCCCUACUCACCAUUCAGGGUGACAACAACAGCGAGGAUGAAGAUUCUCGCGGCGGGAAGACCAAUGGCAACGCCACCUCCUCAACACUGGCCAAGGAAGACGUCGUCGCAGACGAUGCACCCUCAGACAGUGAUGAUGAUGAAACGAUUCCAGAAGAGACAAGCGAUAGCCAUGACCAGUCAUCGCCGCUGUUCCCGGUGCGGCCCAAAUCGCUAACGCCAUUGCCUCUGAAACCGGUGCCGCGGCGUGAGAAUAUCACUGCUCCAACAGUAAUGCCGCCGAGUCUGAUCGGGUUCCUGCGCAAGAAUGUUGGCAAGGAUCUGUCCCAAAUUUCCAUGCCCGUAUCUUCCAAUGAGCCUCUUUCUCUGCUGCAGCGUGCGGCCGAGGUCCUUGAGUACUCAACGCUACUUGACAAAGCUGCCAAUGUCUCUGAUCCAGUGGAGCGGCUUGUAUACGUUACUGCGUUUGCAUUGUCGCCGUUAUCAAGCAAUCGUGUCCGGGAGCGCGCCAUCCGUAAGCCCUUCAACCCUAUGCUCGGCGAGACCUACGAGUUGGUACGUGAGGAUUUGGGAUUUCGAUUCAUCGCCGAGAAAGUCUCCCACCGACCCGUCCAGCUCGCGUACCAGGCUGACGGCCCGGAAUGGAGUCUAACGCAGUCCCCCAUGCCCACCCAGAAAUUCUGGGGGAAAUCUGCCGAGAUCGUGACAGAGGGUCGCAUUCGCCUCACGCUCCAUACCACUGGGGAACACUACAGCUGGGCUUCGGCAACCUCGUUCCUGCGCAACAUUAUUGCUGGUGAGAAGUACGUCGAACCGGUCGGCGAGACCACCGUCGUCAACGAGACGACCGGCCACAAGACAGUAUCAACCUUCAAAGCCGGCGGUAUGUUUUCCGGGCGCAGUGAAGAAGUUAGUACCAAGACCGUUGAUGCCGGCGGCCGUGACCUUGGCCUCGGAUUGACAGGCACAUGGACGACCUCCCUUCAGCUCACCAAAAACGGUUCGCCAACUGGCACAGCAGUCUGGGAUGCGGGCGCGCUCGUCCCCAAUGCCCCUAAGCACUAUGGCUUGACGGCGUUCGCGGCGAGCUUGAAUGAAAUAACCCCGAUUGAGGCGGAACAGCUUCCGGCGACGGAUUCACGGCUGCGACCGGAUCAGCGCGCCCUCGAGGAUGGGGAUGUCGACCGUGCCGAGGAGUUGAAGGUUCAACUUGAGGAAGGGCAACGCGCCCGUCGCCGUGCGAUGGAGUCGGCUGGCGAGCAGUGGACGCCGCGCUGGUUUGCACAGGUGGACAAUGCGCCCGAGGGCGGUGAGGUUACAUGGCGAUUGAAGCCCGGAAAGGAGGGCUACUGGGAAGAAAGGGCCAAGAAAGCCUGGACUGGCGUGGUGCCGGUCUUUGAGGCCUAA